GAUCAGUUCAGUCCAACGUGCGAGCUCGCAGUGACAAGUCAAGAAAAGACAAGAAAAACGAACUGAAACCAAAAAGCGGCAGGAUUUUUGAAAGUGACUAGUGACUAGUGUCGGAAAAUGUGCGGUAUUUACCCACGACAGUUGUAGUUUUUCCAGCCAGAGCGGUGUGUGUACCAGUGUCCAUAUCAAUCGGCAAUCUCCAAUAUCGAAACCAAACUCCAAUUGCAAAUCGCAAUCUAAUACCCACUGUCAUUUCAAGGAGAAUCGAUUUUGCGGCUGACCAAGCUCUUGGAUACACGCGGCGCGGAGUUGAGUUCAAAAAUGUUUCCACCGCGGUUGCUGCGAAUCGCAUUUGUGAUAUGUCUACUGAUUGUAUUGCUCUCGCCCUCUACAGACAGUGCGCAAACCAAAACCCGUCGACGCCUGCGACGUCCCACAACGUCGGUCAGCUCGUCGCGAAGCAACCUCAUCGACUCUAAGAAGUCCACUGAGGCUCCGGCUCCAGCGGCAGCGGAGAAGCGCAGCGAUCAGAUCACUGCCGCCACCACCACCAGUGUCCGGCGCACUCGUCUCCGCUCCAAGGCGAAACUGGGCGGAGCAGCUGCCGGAGCAGCAGCAGCGGCGGCUGGUGGCACUGCCCUGGUGGCCAGUGGAUCCUCGCUGAAGGGCAAGAAGACCAAGGUGGAUGAUGGCACGCCCAAGAUUGUGUGCUACUACACCAAUUGGUCGCAAUAUCGCGUCAAGAUCGGCAAGUUUGUGCCAGAAGAUAUUCCCGCCGAUCUCUGCACUCACAUUAUCUUUGCCUUUGGCUGGCUUAAGAAGGGCAAGCUGAGCUCCUACGAGUCCAAUGAUGAGACGAAGGAUACCACUCCCGGACUGUACGAACGUAUGAUGAACCUGCGCAAAGCCAAUCCCAAGCUGAAGAUCCUUUUGGCCUUGGGCGGCUGGUCCUUUGGCACCCAGAAAUUUAAGGACAUGUCGGCCACGCGCUACACCCGCCAGACCUUUGUGUACUCUGCUAUUCCCUUCCUCCGCAAGCGCGGCUUCGAUGGCCUGGACAUGGAUUGGGAAUACCCCAAGGGCUCUGAUGACAAGAAGAACUUUGUCCUGCUGCUGAAGGAGCUGCGCGAAGCCUUCGAGGCCGAGGCCCAGGAACUGAAGAAACCCCGCCUAUUGCUCUCCGCCGCCGUGCCCGUCGGACCCGACAAUGUCCGUGGUGGCUAUGAUGUGCCGGCCAUUGCCAGUUAUUUGGACUUUAUUAACCUGAUGGCCUACGAUUUCCACGGCAAGUGGGAACGCGAAACGGGACACAAUGCCCCGCUGUAUGCUCCCUCCACCGACUCCGAGUGGCGCAAACAGCUGUCCGUGGACAAUGCAGCCAGUUUGUGGGUCAAACUGGGUGCUCCCAAGGAGAAGCUGGUCAUUGGCAUGCCCACCUAUGGACGCUCCUUCACGUUGGCCAAUACCGAUAAGCAUGGUCCCAAUGCCCCCGCCUCGGGCGGUGGACGUGAGGGUGUCUAUACCAAGGAGAGCGGUUUCUUGGCUUAUUAUGAGAUCUGCGAGAUGCUGCUCAAUGGCGCUGUCUAUGUCUGGGAUGAUGAGAUGAAGGUUCCCUAUCUGGUGGACGGUGAUCAGUGGGUUGGCUUCGACGAUGAGCGCGCCAUCAGGAACAAGAUGCACUGGAUCAAAUCGAAUGGCUUUGGAGGCGCCAUGGUGUGGACCAUUGACAUGGAUGACUUCAAGGGUGAGGUUUGCGGUGGAAAUGUCAAGUAUCCGCUGAUUGGAGCCAUGAGGGAGGAACUGUUGGGCAUUUCGCGCGGCAAGGAGGCCAAGGAUGUGAACUGGACAGCCAUUGCAGCCACAUUUGAGGAUAUUGAAGAGAAACCUGAACCCAUCAAGAUCUCUGUGGAUGAGGUCCUGAACAAGGUACGCAAGCCCCAGGUCCUUAAGAAGCAGCGCAUCAAGUCUGGAGCCAAUGCGGUGGAUACAAACACUCGUCCCGCCCAGGUCUUCUGUUAUCUGACCAGCUGGUCAGCCAAGCGACCGGGAGCUGGCAAAUUCCAGCCGGAGAACAUCGAUCCCAAGCUUUGCACCCACAUCGUUUAUGCCUUUGCCACGCUCCAGGAUUACAAGUUGACAGAAGCCACCGAUGAUGAUCCCGAGAACUAUGAAAGUGUGAUUGCUCUGCGAGAUGCCAAUCCUGAUCUGCAAAUCCUGCUGGCCAUCGGUGGCUGGGCCUUUGGCUCUACACCCUUCAAGGAGCUCACCUCCAAUGUGUUCCGCAUGAACCAGUUCGUCUACGAGGCCAUCGAUUUCCUGCGUGACUACAAGUUCAAUGGCUUGGACGUGGACUGGGAGUAUCCGCGCGGCGCCGAGGAUCGUGUGGCCUAUGUCAGUCUGCUGAAGGAGCUGCGUGUGGCCUUCGAGGGCGAGGCCAAGUCUUCGGGUUUGCCACGUCUCCUGCUCACCGCCGCCGUGCCUGCUUCGUUUGAGGCCAUUGCCGCCGGCUAUGAUGUCCCGGAGAUCUCGAAAUACCUGGAUUUCAUCAAUGUGAUGACCUAUGACUUCCACGGUCAGUGGGAACGCACUGUGGGUCACAAUUCGCCGCUGUUUGCCUUGGAGUCUGCCACGGGAUAUCAGAAGAAACUGACCGUGGACUAUAGUGCCCGGGAGUGGGUAAAGCAAGGUGCUCCCAAAGAGAAGCUUCUCAUCGGCAUGCCCACCUAUGGCCGCAGCUUUGAGCUGGUCAACGAAACUCAAUUUGAUAUUGGAUCGCCCUCUUCCGGUGGCGGCAAGGCUGGCAAGUUCACCAACGAGGCUGGAUUCCUUAGCUAUUACGAGGUGUGCUCUUUCCUGGCGGCGGACAAUACCACGCUUGUCUGGGACUCGGAGCAGCAGGUGCCCUUCGCCUACCGCGGCAACCAGUGGGUGGGCUUCGAUGAUGAGCGUUCGCUGAAGACCAAGACCGAAUGGCUGAAGGAGCAGGGCUUUGGUGGCAUCAUGGUCUGGUCCAUAGACAUGGAUGACUUCUCCGGCCGCUGCGGCAGUGGCAAAUAUCCCCUGCUGAGUGCCUUGAGCGAGGAGCUGAAGGACUACAAGGUGGAGCUGGAGUACGAUGGACCCUAUGAGUCCCACGGCCCACGAGGAGCCUACACCACCAAGGAUCCCCACGAGGUGACCUGCGCGGAGGAGGAUGGACACAUUAGCUACCACAAGGAUUGGGCUGACUGCACCCACUAUUACAUGUGCGAGGGCGAGCGCAAACACCACAUGCCCUGCCCCGCCAACCUGGUCUUCAAUCCCCAGGAGAACGUCUGCGAUUGGCCCGAGAAUGUCGAGGGAUGCCACGCGCCAACGGAGGCGCCUGCCUAAGAGAGAUCCGCGUAGCGAAGGAUGUUAAUAUUGUUAAUAUUAUAUAAAAGCGAUGCCCUAAAUUUAGUUUUAAGCGCGAAACUGCCACAAAAAAAAUCUUUUGCUGCCGCCGUCCCCGCCCGAAAACUAACGAAAUACUCGAAAAAAAAAAACGUUGCUAAAUUUCGUCUGAAUUUUUUGUACACUAAUUAUAGUUCUAACUUAGUUAAGUAAGUAGUUUUUAUGUCUUAGUUACAAAUUCGCGCAAGAAACAAAGGAAACAGAAAAACUGAAA